UUCUUCUCUCUCUCUUUGUCUCUCCUCCCUUCUCUCCUCCCUCUAUCAGUCAGUGCGCCCGUUGGCACGGGAACGAUUGAAAGUGACACAGUCUGAUUAGAAACCGGUCCUUCUGCGCCGAUACAUCCCGCUUUUACUGUAACUCAAACUCGUGUUUUGCUUUCCGGUCAGGUCCGCGCGCUGUGUUGUGUCUCCCGGGUUGUCUGGUUUUUUUGGACUUCCCGGCUGCGUCGCGUAAUUUUUGCGCAGAAGCUUUUCGGGUCUCUCUUUCUCUCGGAGGAUGAAGCCAUGAGUUCAAAGGGAGGCAGACUUGUGGCACAGAGACUCGUUUUAAACUAAAGGCGGACAAACGCGUAAACAGGGAGGACGAGGGGGGGAGAAUUUCCUCUCCAACAUCAAGUUUGUGAGUCGGACAGACAGGUCUACGGCGUCAGGACAGACCACUACCGGUCUCUCCGUCUCUACGCCUCUAGGCUACUUCCCCACAGAGAGCAUCCAUCCGUCCACCUCUCCACUCCGCUCCGCUGCUUUACGCGCCACCGUCUCUUUCUCCCUUCCUCCCAUAACUAUAAGUUUUUUUUCUCCUCUGUGGAUCUCCGGUCCGGUCUCCCCUACGAGUCCAGAUUCAACUCCCCGGGCCUUUUCACCAACGUGAUCCGCCUUUUAUCCAGGAGCAGAACCACAGCUCAGCCCUGGAUUCAAUACUCCUGAUCAAUGGACAGAGCCUCCUCAGCGGCCAGCAGCGCUACAGACACACAGCCGUAAACAACUCGUUCUCUCUGGCUGGAUCUCCUCUGGGGAUCUGGAGGAGGAUGGAGCGAGGAGGGGAGAGUCCCAUCACCCAGGACAGUCCUGAGCGAAGGGGGGGCAGCCCGGACCUCAGCGGCCUCCCACCGCCGGGGAAGAAGGGCCGGUUGGAGCUCAAUGGGAGCCCCACUGGGCCACGCACACGCCACAACGGAGCCCCACUGAGACCCCUAGGAGGUCUGAUGAUUCCAGUCUUCUGUGUAGUGGAGCAGUCAGACGGAGGGAUUCAGACGGACGGAUGUGAGGGAAGAGAGGAGCAUGCAGAGUUUGUGCUGGUCAGGAAGGAUAUUCUCUUCUCUCAGCUGGUGGAGACGGCUCUGCUGGCCCUCGGGUACUCCCACAGCUCGGCGGCACAAGCCCACGGCAUCAUCAAGGUGGGAAGGUGGAACCCUCUGCCCGUCCACUUCCUGACUGACGCACCAGAAGCUACAGUAGCCGACAUGCUGAUGGAGGUCUACCACAUGGUCACUCUACGCAUCCAGCUGCACAGUUUUUCAAAGCUGGAGGAUCUGCCGUGUGAACAGUGGAACCACGCGACUGUCAGGAACGCUCUCAAAGAGCUGCUAAAGGAAAUGAACCAAAGCACUCUGGCCAAAGAGUGUCCCCUGUCCCAGAGUAUGAUUUCCUCCAUAGUGAACAGUUCGUACUACGCCAACGUCUCCACUGCCAAAUGCCAGGAGUUUGGUCGUUGGUACAAGAAGUAUAAGAAAAUCAAAGUAGACUACCUGGAGAAGAUGUGGUCUGGACGGGAUCCUGCUGACAUCAAAAUAGAGAGAGACAACAUGGCCGACUUCUGUGUGCUGGGCCAGAGACCUCCCCCCCACCUGGCCGGCCUGGCCCAGCUCAGUCACCUGGGAGCCGGCGGCCCCCUCCUCAAGGUGGGGUCUGGAGACAUGCAGGCGCCUUCUCAGCCGCCUCAGCAGCCUCCCCAGCAGCAGUCCUCACCCCAUGGCCCCCUCCACCACAGCCCCCCUCUCCGUACAGGCCAGGUGCCUCCUCCUCCGCCCCCGCCGCCCCCGCCCGGUGCCCUGCAGCCCCUGCUGGGGCCAGGUGGGCUGCUCUCCCCUCAACUUUCCCCGCAGCUGGUGCGUCAACAGCUCGCCAUGGCCCACCUCAUCAACCAGCAGCUAGCCGUUAGCCGCCUGCUGGCCCAUCAGCACCCGCAGGCCAUCAACCAGCAGUUCCUCAACCACCCACCCAUCCCUCGGGGUUCAUCCAAAGGCGGCGGCGACCAUCCCGGGAGCAACCCCUCGGCCGCCGAGGUCUCCUGUGAAAUCUACCAGCAGGUCAGAGACGAGCUGAAGAGAGCUAGUGUCUCCCAGGCCGUGUUCGCCCGUGUGGCUUUCAACCGCACACAGGGCUUGCUGUCAGAGAUCCUGCGGAAGGAGGAGGACCCUCGCACAGCCUCACAGUCUCUGCUGGUGAAUCUGAAAGCAAUGCAGAACUUCCUCAACCUGGCCGAGAGCGAGAGAGACCGCAUCUACCAGGAGGAGAGAGAGCGCACCAUGAACCCUACGGUCGGCCUUCCCGCCUCGAACUCCUCCAACCCCGGCACUCCGCGCCUCUCACAGAAAGUGUGGGAGAGGGGCAUGGAUGACCAGAUAACCCCUGAUACCUGGGCCUCCAUCUGGAAGAACAAGACUAAGAUCUCCAACUCGCCCAAGCCGUCCGGCCCGCCCCCCGACCUCCCACUGAAGCUGGAGUCGCUGGUCAACAUCACGUCAGGCAUCUACGACGAAAUUCAGCAGGAGAUGAAGAGAGCAAAGGUGUCCCAGGCUCUGUUUGCUAAGGUGGCCGCCAACAAGAGCCAGGGCUGGCUGUGUGAGCUGCUCCGGUGGAAGGAGAACCCGAGCCCAGAGAACCGCACGCUGUGGGAGAACCUGUGCACCAUCCGGAGGUUCCUGACGCUGCCGCAGGCCGAAAGAGACCUGGCGUACGAGGAGGAGUCCAGGCACCAUCACUCGGAGAGGCUGCACACCGUCCUCCACCUGCCGCAGGACACACAGCUCUUUUGUCUUUCUCGUCAGGCGCUUCACAGGCCACCCCCGACCCCGAUGAAGGAGCACCGUGUGUCUCCCAUGCGUGAAGAGCAGUUAUCUGCCCCGGUGAACGAGGAGGGCUUACAGAAUGUGGGAGCAGGAGCGGCUGGCAGCGGUCCACCUGGCACCGUUGGCAGUGCUGGGAGCAACAAGAAGCCACGAUCCCGCACCAAGAUUUCCCUGGAGGCCUUGGGCAUCCUGCAGAGCUUCAUCCAGGAUGUUGGCCUGUACCCGGACCAGGAGGCCAUCCACACCUUGUCUGCGCAGCUUGACCUGCCCAAACACACCAUCAUCAAGUUCUUUCAGAACCAGCGCUACCACGUCAAGCACCACGGGCGCCUCAAGGAGCUGGGCGACGGGGCUGCGGCCAGCGGAGGUGUGGACGUCAGCGAAUACAGAGAAGAGGAGCUGCUUUCGGGCUCAGAGGACCCAGAGUCCAGCGAGGACGGAGCAGAGGAGAUCUACCAGUCCACAGAGGGGAAUUGUGGGAGCGCCGGAGGGCUGAACCAGCCACUGCCGGCCUCCUCCGGCUCCAAAUCUAACUCCAACUCCAGCCAUUCGUCUUCAGGGACCAAAAAUGCUCAGGAGGAAGGAAUGGACAAGGUGCACUGCCGGCCUGGUGGCCCCAUGGGCCCCGGGAGCUCCUCAUCCAGUCCCAUAGAGCCGGCCGACUACCAGAGGUAGAGACUGACACACAGAGAGGAGAGGACAGAAGGAAAGAGAGAGAGGAAGGGAAAGCAGGAUAAAGAAAAAGCCGUGGAACUGGUCAUGAAUUAGAGGGGAACGUCAAGAAACCAUCCGGCUGAAAUAAUGUGUACAUCACUCAAACAACCAGACGGACUCUAGAUCUGUGAACACCUGGGGAGUAAAAUUUACCUCAGCAAAAAGACAGCAGCUUUGCAGAGUGCUGUGACACAGCAGUGUUUGUGUAACUGUGAAAGAGAGUUUCCGCAAUCCACAUUUAAAUACAUUUCAUAAACAGGUAAUCCAUUGCUGCUCAUGUCCACAACCUAAAGCAAAAUCUCCAAGUGUUGACACUUUCUCUUAAUCUAAUCGCCAGAAAGGCCACUACGGAGAGGCAGGGUUUCAUCGGCUUCGGCCAGAAAUUGUUCCUGUUCCUCCUCUUUAAAGUCUGAGCACACUCACGUAGAGCUGCAUACACAUGAUAGCGCAGGUAGACGUCAUCAAGGGUAGAAAGGAAGCUAUUUCCCGUUGCUAGGUCCCGACAUGCUUUCAUCUCAUUGGUUGUGCUUCCGAAAGGUCAGCGGCGAAUAGGUCAACGUUGAAAUAAUUUUACCUUUGAGAGCAGCGCAAAGCGGCAAAUCCGAGCGAUGCAUGACGGCAGGGGUAGCACGGCGCAUAGUUGGGCAUCACCGCCCUCCUCAUAGGAAGUCAAUGGAACAGCUGGCGCAACCCGGUUUCCCGCCUAUCAUAUGUAGGCUGCUUAAGACAUACUCCCUACAUGCCAGGGGCUUUCCGUGACCUCUACGGUCCCUAUAAACCCUCAGGACACACGGAUGUAGCUGAUGCUGUUGCAUGCCUGAGACUCGUGGACAGACGGCACUUGCUGGUCAUCCUCCAAAUGACCCCCACCUCAACCUGCCCUCGCCUCACCGUCACAUAGGAUUGGGCAUCGAGAAUCGGUUCCGACUUCCAACCUUCACCAAACAUUACAGCUACAAUGGAAUUAGGAUUUUAAUCCGAUUAUCGGUUCCAAAUUUAACACGCGCAAGUUUUGGUUUCCAUAGCGGCCAGCGUACUUCCAGGUGCUUGUUGUGUUGUAGCCAUGGAGCACAGUCAGUGGUGCUCAUUUUAUGUUAUUAAAAAAAAGAAAGAAAAAAAACACCUUUUAAAAAGUGUAAGUCGCCAUUGAAUCCAAAUGAAAUUUGCAUCUGUGAAAUAAGCACGUGACGCGUUUCAACUCCACCCCUCAAAGAAUCGAAUUCAAAAAUCCCGAGACUCGAAAGGAAGAACACUCCGAUCCAGCACUCACGGUUCACAAAGACGCUGAUAUUUUGUGGAUUUGAGGUACUCCUGCCUCCCUCUGUCUCUCCUCUCAAGGUUCACAAAACAGUGUGAGGUUUAGAUAUGAAAUGAAACGACAGUUUGGCGGGAGGAAGGUGGACCGACGUUGAGAGGACGUGGCGUGGACGGACACUGUAUACCCACAACUCUGAGGCCUUCCUGGCACCGCCCCCGCGUGUGUGUGGCGAGAAAAAUGUCAGAAAGGAAGGACCCGGAGCGGAGAUUCAGCAACCAAACAAUCAGUCACUUUAUGUGCGGUAGUCCACUCGUCCUCUCCCUUCUUCAUCUCACUCCCUCCCCCUUUUCCCUCGCUCCAACUGGUGCCCACAGUCUUGUGUUUCACCACACCUACCCGCACUUAAACUUCACCAACCCUAUUUAUUGCUAUCUUUAUCCACGAUUAUUAUUAUCAUUAUUGUUAUUAUUAUGGUUAGAAUUGCUGUCAUUGCGUGCUAUUUUUAGUUUUUAUUUCCAUGGUUUUAAAUAUUGGUUUUUAGAAACUGGGCGGUGGUUUGGGAAACAAGAGACAUUAAGAGUGCUCUGCCCUAAAAAAAAAAGAAAAAAAAAAGGAAAAAAAGAAAGAAAAGGAAGGAAGAAAAGAAGCGGAGAG